AUGGUUCUGGAACUUCAUGUUUGGGGUCCGGCCUUUUCGUUGCCGUCCAUUGAUGCGCAAUGUCUCGCGACCAUCGCCUAUCUCUCCCUGACAGUGCCCAAGGACCAAUGGGUUCUCGUCGCAAGCAGUGAUCCUUCCGUGUCGCCGACUUGCGAAUUACCGGCCCUCAAAGAUGACAAAACCUGGGUGAGCCGUUUCCGCAACAUCGUCGAUUACCUCCGUCAAUACUCGAACGGCGACUGGGACCUGGACCAGAGCCUCACUGGGCUCGAAAAAGCAGACAACAUCGCCUUCUCCGCGUUCCUCGAAUCCCGCGCCCAAUCCCUUCUUGACCUCUCCCUCUACGUCACCAGCCAGAACUACUACAACUGCACCUCUCCCUCCUACGGCGCCAUUCUCCAAUGGCCCAACCAAUGGAUCCUGCCUCCGCAAAUUCACACCGCCGCGAAAGCCCGCACCGAGCAUCUCGGCCUCUCCUCCCUGGAUCUGGAAGCCAUCGAAGAGCAACGGAAGCGUGAUCACUCGGCCGCUGUCGCAGCGGGCCAGGUCCCCAAGAACCUUAUUCCCCGGCCACGCGACUCCGUCUCAUCUCUGCUGGGCAAGAAUUCGCAACAGAACCAGUUCAAGCUGGAGGCGUUGAUGGCGGAGCUGUUCGAGCCGCUCGAGGAGAUCCUCGGCGGGAAGCAGUACUUCCUACACACGAGCGAGGCCGGCCUGACGAGUCUGGAUUGUCUGGCGCUGGGAUAUCUCAGUCUGGCACUUGUGCCGGAGGUGCCCAACUCGUGGCUUCGGGAUGCGAUGCGGAGUAAGGCGCCUCAGGUAACAGAGUACACGGAGCGACAGAGGAAGGAGAUAUUCGGCGUUGUAGAGAUCGACCAUGCUCUUCUUCCAGACGGUGCUAAGGACUCAUCAUCGAUCCUCCCAUGGCAGAUGCCACAACGGGCUCGACUGGCUACCCUCGGCAGCACGCUGCUGAACACUAUUGCAGAUUCGACCCCUAUUUGGAAGGACAUCCGUUCGCAUACUCGAAUGAAGGAGGUAAUCGAAGAAAGCGAGUCAUUAUCCGACGCCGAGAAACAGCAUCUGUCGGAUUUCAUCAGGUCACGGAAGCUAGAUGUUUGGCUGUCAGUUGGGUCUGUGGUGGGAGGCAUUGCUGCUUUUAUUGGGUACAUGGCGCUUACCCCGUCGAAAAGGAGACAGCACAAUACCUUUGCGCAUGAGGAUGAGGAUGAGAACGCGGUGGAAUAUGAUGAUGAGAUUCCUGCUCAACCCUUGCAGGCUCUGGAUUUCCUUGCGGGGUUGGAGUAG